GAUAUCGACCGUCCAAGAAGAAAAACGGUAGGACUUUCUGUAGUUUGAGGCAGAGGAAUUAAAGUUACCAAGGAGUCCGCUGUUAAGGAUGGACUCUAAGACACCCCCUGAGAACAGAUAAACAACAGUACAGAAACAGCAAGCUGGCUGCAGUCUAAGAGGAUGCUUCCCUUGUCAAGGACAAAUGGAACAUAAAGUUGCUAAGGAUGGGUGGUGCUGGUGUUAGCAAAAAUGUUAGAAAGCCAUAUAAAACCGGUUCCACUAGCGUAUUAGUUGGUGAGGAAGUGUAGUCAGGAGAACUUUUUGCCACAGAAUUGUAAGAUCAUUGAGUCGAUUUUGACAGUUAAUACAGCAGAUAAAAAUAAUAGGCUGAUGGAGUGCAAUGAGAGAGUUUUGUGUGGGACAGGGGAGGUGGAGCUGGACCCCAACAUUGUGAGUGAAGAGGCAGGAAAACUGUAUUCAGAACUACAGACAGUUAUUGAGACCUAUGGUGAAGGUGUGGUGGAGUCGCUGGUACCCAUAUUUGUGUGGGUGCUGGAGGGGCUGGCCAGCUGCAAAGCCCAGCUGAGAGACAGGGAGGAGGAGGCAGAGAGGGAGAGAGCUGAGCGAGAAGAGCUGCUGGAGAGAUACCAAGCAGAGAAAGCACUGAGGAAAGAUAGCCAAGAGAGGUAUCUGGAGCUCGAUGACCAAAUUGAACAAGAGAGGAGAGCCAUGAAGGGGAGGGAAAAGGAAAUAGAACGACGAGGGAGAGAGCUAGAGAAGAAAGCAAGAGAGCAAGCUGAUCAGUUGGUGGCCUUGGAGGAGCAGAAAGCAAAUCUGAGUAGAGAACUGAGCACACUGAGGCAUACUCACAACAAGUUGGCUCACACUUAUCGGGAACUUUUGGAAAGGAGAAAGGAUUCUGAAAGAGAUUCUCCUUUAAGGAAUCAUGUGCGUCCCAAGAAUGCUGAAUUUCCGUCCAACGAAGUUUUGUCAGAAUCCAGUAUUAAUGAAAAGAUGAUUCAAAGACCACAUUCACACUCUGGCCCCCCAUGUCUGGAAGAUCUAGUAGCCAAAGAAAAAAAGACGAUUGACAUUGCAGUGAAGUCCGACCCGGAUCAUUUUGUCAGUGAUAUCAUAAGCUCCACUCCUGAGCUGGCACAGUUUCAUGGCUGUGUGGAUGCAAGCACCCCAGUUAGACCUGACACUGAGGAGCCGCUGAGAGAUGAGUUGGAGGCCAGUUUGGAGGAUGAGAUGAGGGAGGAGAAGGAGGAAGAGAAGGAACACAAAGUAGAAGAGGGAAACACGCAUGAAAAAGUUGAGGAGGAGGAGGAGGUGGAAGAAGAUAGUAUGGAGUGGGAGCUACGCAACACUGACUCUGUGUUUUCUGAACUGUCUGAGCUGAGUCGGGAUUAUGUGGAGAGUGUAGACCGAGGGGCCAGUGUCAGAGGCAGUGCAGACCAGUUUGAGGAGAUUCUUUCUCAUCAUGAGGAACUGAAAGUCACACAUGAGUUAGUAGAAGUUGCCCGCAAAACUUUGAUAUCUCGGGUAGUGGAGCUGACUGAUGACCGUUCAGCUCUUAAACUGGAGGUGACCUCUCUUCAGGAAACGGUCUCACGAUUAGAGGGGCGGAUGAAGGAGAAGGAGGAGGAAACUAAGAGACUUCGCAAAGAACUGGAAAGAUGCCAAUCAGAGGAUCCUGAUGCUUCUCUUCUCGCAUCCACGCGGCACUUCUCUCGUUCUGAAAUGGCUCGUGUUGUUAUGGAGAAGAACCAGUACAAGCAGCGUCUGUUUGAGCUGCAGGAGGCAGUGAGACGUAGUCAGACAAUCAGAGCAACAAAGGAAGAGAGGUUAACAGAGGACAAAAGAUCAAGUGUUUGGAGAAAGUUCAACCGCUUGUUUGGCCUAUCCAAGGAACCCUUAAUCCCACCUCCUGCUUCUGCAUUCGCCCUGCCACAUUCCCCAUCACUGACUCGCUCCCCUCUGGGAUCUCCACAGCUACCGGCUGUCAGUCAGACUCAGGCUGAGUCUGCUUCUCCUGCUGCUCUCUCACCUCGUGUCAGGAGGAGGGAGCUCUACAGAGAAAUUCGCUCCCACAUUUGGGAAACCCUGGGAAAACAGCAGAUGCAUGGCUGGAGCACACCACUGGCAAAUACACAGGAGUCCCAUAAACCUGUUCCAGAGUCUAAAGAUGUGCCUGUUCUAGUGCAGCUCAGACUGUUGGAUCAAAGAGACUCCACUGCAAAGCUGAACUGUGCAGUUGCAGUCGCACCUGAGAUCUCAGGAGAGGCCACAUGUUCUGUGUGGGUAGUUUCUGGUCCUGCCUCCAGCAGUGAUAUUACAGUGAUUGAUCCAGCACGGUCCAACACAGUACUGGAUCAGUUCAGCCUCCCUCCCACAGCUCCUGCACUCUGCAUCUGUGCUGUGCCUCCCAUAGGUGACACUGCUGGAACUGUGUGGAUUGGAACUCAGGAAGGAAGUAUACUGGUACACUCGGCCUCCGCUGGCAGGAGGCGCUGUCUGCAGUCUGUUUCCCUCUCAGAGGGUGUUCAUUCACUCACAUGUUCCCAGGGUCAAGUGGUAGCUGGGUUAGCUGAUGGGACAUUAGCCUUUUUCUCACACAGCUCAGGUGGGUGGAAUCUGCAGUCACACUCAGUGAUGCCACUUGGAUCAAACCCUUUGCAGCCCAUUCGCUGCUGCCUCGCAAAAGGUGGCCGCUUGUGGGUGGGAUAUUGGAACCGAGUCCAUGUGGUUGACAUUGACAGCAAGAAGGUUGAGCAAACAUUCUCAGUCUCUGAACGCAAUGAGCAGCAGGUUCGUUUCCUGUGUGCUGGUGGAAGUGGUGUCUGGACAUCUUGUCGACUUGACCCAAUCCUCAGACUGUUUGACUGGUCCACUGGACGGCCACUGCAGGAAGUUGAUUUUACUGCUUUGGUCACUAAAACAUUAGGCCAACCCUUCCUGACACUCUCACCACUCCAGAUCUCGUCUCUCACAGUCAUUUCUGGCCGUCUGUGGGUGGGUACUGGAGGUGGUGCCAUUUUCUCCAUCCCAUUAUCCAUAACCUCAGAAGCUGUUUCCAUCCCAUAUUGCUCCUUUGCAUCUGCCCAGCUGUGUUACCAUGGACACAGACAAGCUGUCAGAUUCAUCAUUGCUGCACCUGGUUGUUUGAUGACCUCUCCUGGCAGCAACACUGUUACUACCUCUCAGCUUAUCCUCAGCGGAGGAGAGGGCUACAUCAACUUCAGAAUUGGAGAUGAUGCAAGUGACGAAUCAGUUGAGUUGUCCCAAGCUACACCUCAACGGUCUGAACGCAGUCACAUGAUCAUUUGGCAGAAUCCCACCCCUGCUGUGCCCAGCCCUGCCCUCUGAUAUUAUUCAUCUCCUAGUUCUGCGCUUUGGAAUAGGAUCAAGAUGAAGCAGAGGAAUACUGUUCACAAGCAAAGCUAGAGACAACAUUGGAAAUGGUGCUUUCAUGGAACUGAAUGAACCAUCGUCUCAGUGUGGCAGCAUUAAAAGUAUCCUUUAAGAGAAAUAUAGGAUUCACACGGUUUCCUCUUUGUUUACCUCAUUCAUUUUGUACAUCUAUCCUUUGACUGGAUCAUCCUAAUGGAUGAUGAUGCCUUACUCUGUUCCUUCACCUGAUUUUAUAUCAAUACUGUAUAAUGGGUCAGUAAUUCAGAUCAAUUUUACCUUUGCACUAACAAUGCAUUUAGUUUCACUGGCAUAUAGCUUUCUGAUACAUUGUUCUACUGCUUCUUAAAGAACAUGCAGAGUUGUCGUUCACAUCGUUAUUCCACCAAGAGCACCAGAUAUUUCAUAUUUUCAUCAUAAAGUUUAACUUAAUUAUGUGUCUGUUCUUGAAGCUGCUGUGUACAGACCUUGUUGUAAACUGUGAACUGGAAACUGGUAUUAGUCUUCUAUUACUCUUCUCUCAGUGAAAAGUCAAUCAGACCCUUUUGAUCUCAUCUUCUGAUGCUGCAUUGAGACUGGUGAUAACUUUUGUGAUGUGUAUUUUUGCAAUUUCUGACGCAUUUACUCAAACUCUACCCUUCCACAUUGCAUGUGGAGUAAUAACAAAUAACUGCACAUUAUAAAUGUUUGUACAUAUGUGUGUCUGAUAUCCCAUCUCCUAAAUGAACAAUGUCAGUGCCUGUCCUUAGAAAUUAUUUAUUUUCUCCAUCAGCUCUUUGCUUGAUGUCUUUUUUUGAAUGGCAUGAAAUGCUUUUGGUGUCUUCAUUUGUUUUAUGUUUUCAUUUGAUUUCAGUCUGUUUUGUAAAAUAAGGGAGAGAAAUUCUUUCAUUUGCAGUAUUUACAGUAUGUGCAAUUACAAGUUUGCACACACUUGCUGAUGUCAUAACAGCUCCUUAUCCUUCUUGGACUGUGACUUGAGUAUUGGUGUUGACUCCAACUGUGUCCAAACAUUAUUAUCAUUAAAAAUGUC